CUGCUGCCCUCGGAAGCUUGCACGGGCAGAGGGGGCCGCUGGGCCCCUUAACUGGGAGUGCCUCUGCCGGGCAGGCGACUCCCUCCUGCCCCGGUACGGCGAAGCUUCCCCUGGCACUGCUCACGGUGCGGCCCGCUCUGCCGGCCCUCCGCCUCCCCUCAGCCGUCCGCUGCGGCGGUGGGGAGACCAGGGUGCUCGCGGGGCGGGCUUGGGGGCUUCACCUUCCCGGUCGCCUGUGCUAAGCAGAGGCCCCCCCUCUGGCCCGGCCCCACUGCGGAGCUCUUCGGAGGCGGCUCCCCCCCCCCGUGCCUUGUUGCUCUGGGGAGGGGGCGAGCUCUCCCCGCGGUGCUUAGCAACCUCCUUCCCCGCUCCCCGGAAUGCUUUGCCGCCUCCUUCCUUCUCCAGCGGGCCGGGCCGGGCUUGGCCUGGCGGGUCCUCCUGCUUCGCGGUCUGCCUUUCCGGCCGAGGCCGCAGUGCCAGGCGGGGGCGCUGCCGAGCCGCCUCCGUCACUCACGGCGGAAGGGAGCGGAGGAGGAGGAGGAGGGAGGCAGGCCCGGCUAGGCCCGGCCAAGUGGAGCAGAGGGGAGGCGAGGCGGGCCGGUGGGUCCCGGGACGACGACGAUGGUCGUGGUGCUGACGGUGACUCGGGGCCGCCCGCCUCGCGCCAUUUCCUCGCCGGGGCCGCUGCCUCCCGCCCCCUUGACCCGCUGGGUAUGUAUGUUCCCACUGGAGCAGUGCCUGCUGGGGUGCUGAGACGUGGGCUGCUGUUCUGCUGUUGCUCCUGUGCCAACAAGUGCUCUCAAGAUGAGUGUUCAGAGCAAAGGCUUCCCUCUGGAUCUAGGGGGAAGCUUCACCGAGGAUGCUCCAAGGCCACCAGUCCCUGGUGAGGAAGGUGAACUAGUUUCCACGGAUCUGCGGCCAGUCAGCCAUGGAUUUUACUCUGGGAAGUGUGAUGUUGUCAAAACUGAGACUUCCACAGCAACACCAAGGCGUCCAGACCUGGACCUGGGCUAUGAGCCAGAAGGAAGUGCUUCUCCCACACCUCCCUACCUGAGAUGGGCAGAGUCUUUGCACUCUUUGUUAGAUGAUCAAGAUGGGAUAAAUCUGUUUAGGACCUUCCUGAAGCAGGAGAACUGUGCAGAUUUGCUGGACUUCUGGUUUGCUUGCAGCGGCUUCCGGAAGCUGGAACUGUGCGAUUCCAAUGAGGAAAAGAGGCUCAAGCUGGCAAAGGCGAUUUAUAAAAAGUACAUUCUUGACAAUAAUGGGAUUGUGUCACGGCAAAUCAAACCAGCCACUAAAAGCUUUAUAAAAGAUUGCGUAAUGAAGCAGCUAAUUGAUCCAGCCAUGUUCGACCAGGCCCAGACAGAGAUUCAGUCUAUGAUAGAGGAGAACACGUACCCUUUGUUCCUUAAGUCAGAUAUUUAUUUGGAGUAUACAAGGACGGGUGGGGAAAGCCCGAAGGUGUGCAGUGACCAGAGCUCAGGAUCUGGGACAGGAAAGUGUCUUCCUGGCUAUUUGCCUACCCUUAAUGAGGAUGAGGAAUGGAAAUGCAACCAAGACACGGAGGAGGAGACCAGCCGGGAUUCCAUUCCCUCUAGCCGGCUCACCCAGAAACUUCUGCUGGAGACGGCCACCCAGCGAGCCACAUCGUCCAGGCGAUACAGCGAGGGAAGAGAGCUCAGGCAUGGGCCUUGGAGAGAGCCUGCUAACCCUUAUUAUGUCAACACAGGCUAUGCCUUGGCACCAGCUACCAGCGCCAAUGACAGUGAACAGCACAGCAUGUCCAGUGAUGCAGACACCAUGUCGCUGACUGACAGCAGUGUGGAUGGGAUUCCACCAUACCGACUCCGGAAGCAGCACCGCAGAGAGAUGCAGGAAAGUGCCAAAGCGAACGGAUGCGUACCACUACCUCACAUUCCUCGUACUUACCGAAUGCCAAAGGAUAUUCAUGUUGAACCACAGAAAUUUGCUGCCGAGCUGAUAAAUCGCCUGGAGGAGGUCCUGAGGGACCGGGAAGCAGAGGCCAAGUUGGAGGAGCGGCUGAAGCGUGUCCGAGCGGAGGAGGAAGGUGAAGAGGCAGACAUCUCCUCGGGCCCCUCGCUUGUGAGCCACAGGCUGCCGCCCCAACAGGCCUUGCCCCACUUCAACCCCCGCUACAUCGAGAUGCAGCUGAGGGACGCGCAUGAAGAGGACCCGGAGAGCAUCCUCGAGGAGCACGUGCAGCGUGUCAUGAAGACGCCGGGUUGCCAGUCUCCAGGCCCCACCCGCCACUCCCCCAAGUCCCGCUCACCAGAGAGCGGCCUUGCCGGGAAGCUGCACGGCAUAAUGGGGACUGUUCCGCUUGGGCACGGCAAGCACGCCGCCAAGGUGGGGCUGAAAGCGGACACUGCCAGCCUCUAUCACCACCACAAGCAUGUUUACCACCACCUCGUCCAUCAUCAUGGCUCCCUGAAGCCCAAAGAGCCGGUGGAGGGAGAAGCCGGCCCGUGCACGCAAGGCACCUUCGCCUGGAAUGUUGAUGCUCAUAGCUAUGCCACCAAGUCGCGGGCCUAUGGGGAGUGUGUGGGCAUGGCCCCCAGCCCUCUGGACCCCCUGGCUUACAGUGCGAAAGCCGGCUUGCUCUCAAAGAGAAGCCUCAAGAAAGUGGAUUUGGGGAAGAACGACAGCACCAACCACGAGGUGUCAGGUUCUUCGGACGAUGUAGAAAGAAACCAGAAGAUCAUGCAGUGGAUCAUAGAAGGCGAGAAGGAGAUCAGCAGGCACAAGAAAACAAACCAUGGCUCUUCUGGUGCUGCAAAGAAGGCACACGAGCCCCCCCGCCCGGUCUCUGCCGAGCGUCCCGUGGCCGUGCACCCCUGGGUCAGUGCCCAGCUUCGCAGUGCUGUGCAGCCAUCGCACCCCUUCGUCCAGGACCCGACCAUGCCUCCCAACCCUGCCCCCAACCCACUGACUCAGCUGGAGGAGGCCCGGCGGCGGCUGGAGGAAGAGGAGAAGAGAGCCGGGAAGCAGCCUGCCAAGCAGCGGGUGAAGCUGCAGAAGAGGCCAGGCGGCAGUUCCUCUCAGCCCUGUGAGAACAUCGUGGUGGCCUAUUACUUCUGUGGGGAGCCGAUCCCAUACCGCACCCUGGUCAAGGGCCGCGUGGUCACGCUGGGUCACUUCAAGGAGUUGCUCACCAAGAAAGGGAACUACAGGUAUUACUUUAAGAAAGUAAGCGAUGAGUUUGACUGCGGCGUGGUAUUUGAAGAGGUGCGAGAAGAUGAGGCUAUCCUGCCCAUCUUUGAAGAGAAGAUCAUCGGGAAGGUGGAAAAGAUUGACUAGCCCAGAGGUGUGUGGGAGCCCCACCUGCUGGAGAGAAGAGGGGGUGAGAGGGGAGGCGGCAGCGGCAGCAGCUCACAUGGCUGCUAGGAGCGGUAGCUUCCCUUUGCCUGCCUGCCUGCAGGGCAGUCACAGCCCCCCACUACCGGCAGCGCAAAGCAGCAUCCUCAAGCAGUUGCAUUAGAAAAGGAGAUGCAACGGUUGACUAACGCUGCAUGUUUUGAUAUCCUCAUGAAUGGAAUGUCUUGGGAGACAAGCCAGACACCCCCAGAUUCCUCUUUGGAAGGGGGGGGGGGUGCAGCCACGCAGCUUGAGUGUGGGCAGGUGGACAGCGCAAGGGCCUGGUCCACAUUGGUUGUUCAUGCUCUGAAUGAACUGCUGCGCUGAUGCUUUAGAGGGAAGGGGUCUCAGCUCAAAGCCUUUCUACUUUGCUGCCCCUCUUGCUAGCUAGGCAGGUGGGGGUCAGUACUGAGGAGAGAGCAGAGUUUGGCACAUGAAUCUAGAGGGGGGGCAGCCUGGUAAGUGGCCAUUGCUUGAGACAUGGGAUAUUUCUAAGAGUCUCUGGGCUGAACAUGCUGGCCCUUUGAGCCUUCUCCCUGCACAUUGCAGAAUUAUGAGUAUUAAGUGCCCCCACCCCCACCCUAAAUGGUAGCCACCUCCUAACACUGGUCUGCAUCUCCAGGGGCUUCUUGCUCACUGCUCCUCCCCCAGCUUGACUCUGGGUGCCUUCCCCUCUAGCUGGUCUCAAGGUGUCCCUGGGAUCAGGGGUGUCCCGGCUGCCCUUGCCAGAGUCCUGCACCUUCCAUAUGUCACCGAGUGCCUUCAAACACUAUUCUGUUCGCUGCUGCUGCCACAAGACUAUUUCCUUCUUGGGGCUCUGCUUGCCUUGUUCCACAUCUGAUGGGAUUUAUACGGUAUAUGGCCCGGCCAUAGCAGGGUUUUAAUUUCCCUUUUUUUCUGAAGGGUUCAAUUGUAAAUAUGUACAUUUUCUAAAGAAAGCAUUAGCUCCCAGCAGUUGGGCACACGACUGGCAUCUCUUGAACAUUUUUCACAAGUCGACUUGUACAAUUUAUCUUUUAAAGGUACUUGGAUAAUAAUGGAAUAAAACCCCAUGUUCAAAUGG